AUGCCGCUCCUGAGCCAGCAUUCAGCAUUGGAUGGCAUGUGUGUAAAGUGUGCGGAUACCUACUACGUCUCUCGAGACCAAAACGGCACGGCUUGGGGCUCGUUUGCGGUUUGGGUUGCGAGGUACAUGCCGAAGUACCUGACGCUUGCUGGGCAGCGGGUGCUGGGGCUGGCGUGCCGGCUAACAAACGCCACUGAUGUCGGGGGUGGUCCUCCACUGCCUGCCUACCUUAGUGGUUCACAUCUCACGACGAUUGCGAAUGCCCUGCGGUGUCCUGUCCUGGGCAAGAGUUACAACUCGGUGGCUACGCACCCUACUCCCGUCUCAAAAUACUUCGUGGCCAUCGCCUGCGUGCAUUGCCGUGACGAAAUGCAGACCAACCUAAAGCAACGAUGGCAAUCGAAGAGGCUGGCAGCCUUCCGCUUCUCAGAUCUCGGGCUGGACUGGACUGGACUGGACGAGAGGAGACGGGACACUACACAACAACCAGCCCUUGGCAUGGACGCUGACAUCAACGCGCCAGCGAGUAUGGGGCAGUGGACAUGUCGCACAGCGGACCCGCACGCGAACGAGGCAAUGCUCACAGAUGAUAUGCCUCCAAAGCCCGGGCCUGAAAACAAGGACGGUUUGCUAGAGGGUUACAUAUGACGCUUCUCUACGCCCUAACUGACGACCGGACAGCCGUACGGGCUGGGCUUCAUCAUCCCGUUCUCCCCGGCAACCCACCUACUGACAGACUAUCGACAGCACAGCACAGCACAGCACAGCACAUCACAGCCCUCUCCGCUCCGCUCCAGCCCAGCCUAGAGAUGGAGUGAACAAUUACUUUAGACUCACGGAUAGUUGUGCGCGUGCUGCUGCCAAGGCCUGCGGUGCGGCCCUCAACUCGGGGGCUGACGUCUUUCCACUCAAGCAUUGUCGCCAUCCCCCCCAUCAAGGUUCCCCAGCUCUCUGCACGAAAAACCCCCCGACAUGGCGGAGCCCGCUUGGGCGUCCCAUCUCCAGUUUGCGCAUUCUGGCGACGGGCGUGUUCGUCCCUUUCCUUCUUCUUUUCUUUCUUCCCCUUGGAGCUUUUCGGCGUUUUCGCGUGUCACGUCAUCCAGCUGCAGUCUGCGGGACGCCGUUGCCG